AUGCCGUGUGACAGGACGGCAGAUUUCUUGGCGUUCGCGGAGCGCGCCAGCCCCGGGGCGAUCUCGCAGGCACGCGAACUCCGCAGUAGGACAGUCCGACAACCCGACAGUUCCUUCAAUGCAUCGGCCGCCGACAUCGGCACUCAGCUGCACCGGACGUCGUUGAAGCUCAAAGAACUCGCCAAGUUUGCUCGGCAGCGGAGCAUCUACAACGACAAGACUGCACAAACGCAAGAGCUCACGUAUGAAAUCAAGAAGGCGAUUACAGAGCUGAACUGCAAGAUCGAGUAUCUGGAGCAGAUGGCCAGAAAUUCCGGAAACGACAGCGGUCAGUCGCGUCAACAUUACAACACUAUGGUCGAUAUGCUCAAAGGGCGUCUGUUGGAUGUGACGAAGGAGUUCAAGGACGUUUUGCUGCUUCGGACAGAGAACAUGAAGAAACAGGACGAGCGAAGAAAUCUGUACUCCUUCACAGGGACGCUGAAUCCUUCCAGUUCAACGUAUGGCAAGGCGACGGGCGACUACGACCUCGAAGGAGGUGAACAGAUGCAGCUCACGGCCCAGCGGGAAGCAAGCUCCUACGCGCAAUCGCGCGCAGAGGCAGUUGAAAAUGUUCAGAGGGUUAUUGGAGAGCUCGCGACAAUCUUCCAGCGCGUCGCCACGAUGAUCUCGCAUCAGGACGAAAUGAUUCAGCGCAUUGAUCAGGACAUUGACACUUCCGUGCACAACAUCCGCCAAGGUCAAACCGAGCUGCUGAACUAUUUCAACCGUAUUUCAUCGAAUCGCGCUCUCAUCCUCAAAAAAGGCGUUCUAGAUAUCGAGGCUUUUUCCACAAAUCUCUCUGCGUUUAUAGAGAGGUGCACAUGUCUCGAUGUAGGCGGUUAUAUGGGUGAGAUAUGUGUGUGUAAAAAGGGCUUCUCCCUCUGUCACUAG